AGCUUGACUACAAGUUCCUGUUAUUGUGGUCUACCUGAUUAUGCUCUCUGCCACUAUCUGAGUUUUUGCCGACGAACGCAUGUGAGAUUUUGAAUUUAGUUCAAAGAAACUCUCCACUAACCGAUCAGACUCCGUUAAAUUUAGAAUUUCACAAGUCUUUGCUGAGAAAAGAAGACUAACUUAUAGCAAGUACAAGUUCUAAAAAGCAUCAUGUCUUUUGAAAGUCUAAGGAAACCCCCAAAAACUGCCAUCCAUCUCUGGGAGUUUUUACUCAAUCUCCUAUUGGAUGAAAAAUGCGAUCACAUGAUCUGCUGGACCAAUCGCGAAGCAGGAGAGUUCAAAUUAAAAAAUCAAGAAGAAGUAGCGAGGAGGUGGGGAACUUUAAAACAUCGACCAGGCAUGAAUUAUGACAAGCUUAGCCGAGCACUGAGAUACUACUACCAAAAAGGGAUCAUUAAAAAGGUAAAUGGACAAAGACUUGUUUACAAAUUUGUGAAACCACCUCUGGCCAAAGAGAGCUCCUCUUCACAAGACGCCCCAUCAAAGGCCCAAACGCCACCAUUAGCACCUGCAAAGAUAGAUGAAGAAUCAGGAAAGGAGAAGCAGGAACUUCCCACUAUACCUUGCGUGCGAACCAACUCGCUCACACUGCCCCAGACAACGCUGGCCAGCUCUCCGAUGGGUUUCCGAAUCAUUCAAGCCCCAUUGGUCAGUCCAAGUCACAUGACCUACCCAGUUUCUAUUUACCCGUAUAUUGUUCCUUGUGUGAUUCCUGCGUGCCGUCAAGUUGGCAUCAUCAAGUCAUAGAAAAAUGAAGUUACAGCUAGAAAUUGCAAGUGUUAAUGAGUGAGAAAUUAAAAUUGAAUAGUGUGUGAAGUUUAGCCUUCCUUGAAGGGGAGGGAGGAAGGUCGUGCAUCUUUCCCGUCCCCCUUCCACUCUAUUAAGUUUUCCUUUCUCAGAGGAUGAAUGAUAUAGUCCCAAAACUGAAGAAGAGCGAAAAGGGCGGGGGGGGGGGAGGUCGUGCAUCUUAGUCCAUCCCCUCCCCCCUACCCUCCGUUUAGUUUUCCUUUCUCAUUCUCCUCUUUUCUCCACAGUUGCUUACGGAGAAAGCUUCUAGAAGAUGAAAUCCGAACGAUUUUGCUGCCAUUUGCAUACAGUGUAUAAUUGCCACCAAAACCAAAAAAAAAAAUUCGCUUUAGCUAUGUUAAAGCCGUGUGUGAGAACUUGUCACAAAUUUUCUAUCUCAUAUUUAACAGACUUAACACAAAACACGUUACGUUCGGGAACUGAAUUUCUAUAUUCUUUGUUCUAUAAAGAUGUAUUGAGGUUAUAAACAAUAACUAAUACCACAAACUGUACAUACUUGAAUUGAAAGAGUUCACUAGUGACACAACGAGACAAAGAAUGAUUUUAAGACUUAUAAAUGUUCUACAUCAUGAGAUUGUAUAGAUGUUUUUGCUUGUAACUUAUUUAAUCUAGGUACAGUAGGAAUUAACAAAUGUAUGACCUCCAAUGUACAUCAGUGCAAAAGUUGGGAAGAAGAUUAGAUUGUAUUUUACGCCGGCAGGGAGUGAAAAAAAAAAAAAACAAUGUAUAAAUAGAGUUUAUUUAGGUGUGAAAAUUGAAUUUCAAUUUUGUACAUAACACUGCGAGCACUAGAUGUCUAUUCAAUGUAAAUAAACAUUAGUAAAAAAAUAUGUACUUUGCUAUGGUGAUUGCCUGGGCAAGUUUUAA